GACUGGCGGCCGGGAUGGCGGCGGACGGCGGCCUGGAGCAGCGGGCGCUGCAGUACGAGCAGACGCUGAUGUAUGGCCGCUACACACAGGACCUAGGAGCCUUCGCCAAAGAUGAAGCCGCACGCAUCCGGCUGCAACAGGAACGCUGGAAAGGGUCCCCGAAGGAACGCCUGCGCCCUUCGGAGCUGCUGGAAUAUGACCAGAGUCGCUGCGCACGGUGCCGAAUCUGCACUGUGAGGUGCCAGAAGUUCCUCAUCUCCAAGGUGGGCGAAGACUGGAUCUUCCUCAUCCUCUUGGGCUUGGUGAUGGCCUUGGUGAGUUGGGGCAUGGACUUCACAAUAGCGACCUGCCUGCAAGCCCAGAAGUGGAUGUAUGGAGGGCUGGACGCCAACAUCUUCUUACAGUACAUGGCCUGGGUGACUUACCCGGUGGUGCUAAUCACCUUCUCUGCCGGCUUCACUCAGAUCUUGGCUCCUCAGGCUGUUGGCUCGGGCAUUCCCGAGAUGAAGACCAUUCUACGGGGCGUGGUACUGAAGGAAUACUUGACCCUCAAGACCUUUGUGGCCAAGGUGCUGGGCCUGACGUGCGCGCUGGGCAGUGGGAUGCCUUUGGGCAAAGAGGGGCCGUUCGUCCACAUAGCCAGUAUGUGUGCUGCCAUCCUUAGCAAAUUCCUUUCACUCUUUGGCGGGAUCUACGAGAAUGAAUCUCGCAACACGGAGAUGCUGGCAGCUGCUUGUGCGGUGGGAGUUGGAUGUUGCUUCGCUGCUCCCAUUGGAGGCGUCCUCUUCAGCAUCGAAGUCACCUCCACCUUCUUCGCCGUCCGCAACUACUGGCGCGGCUUCUUUGCAGCAACCUUCAGCGCUUUUAUCUUCCGGGUCCUUGCUGUGUGGAACAAGGAUGAAGAGACUAUCACAGCUCUUUUCAAAACCCGCUUCCGAUUGGAUUUCCCUUUCGACUUGCAGGAGCUGCCAGCGUUCGCGGUUAUUGGGAUCGCCAGUGGCUUCGGUGGGGCGCUGUUCGUAUUCUUCAACCGCAAGAUUGUCCAGUUUAUACGCAAACAGAAGACUAUUAACCGCUUCUUGAUGAAAAAACGCCUGCUCUUCCCUGCCCUCGUCACGCUUCUUAUAGCAACACUGACCUUCCCGCCCGGGUUUGGGCAGUUCAUGGCUGGCCAGCUCACACAGAAGGAGACCUUGGUAACCUUAUUCGACAACCGCACCUGGGCCAAGCAGGGCCUAGCCGAAGAAUUCGAAUAUGUCGGCGUCUCCGAGGCCUGGAAGCACCCGCGUGCCAACGUUUUUGUCACCCUGGUUAUCUUUAUCGUUAUGAAGUUCUGGAUGUCGGCCUUGGCCACCACCAUCCCCGUGCCCUGUGGAGCCUUCAUGCCUGUCUUCGUCAUUGGGGCAGCAUUCGGGCGGCUUGUGGGUGAAAGCAUGGCGGCUUGGUUCCCAGAUGGCAUCCACACCGACAGCAACGUCUACCGCAUUGUGCCAGGGGGCUACGCAGUGGUGGGUGCGGCUGCGCUCUCUGGCGCUGUCACCCACACCGUAUCCACGGCUGUCAUCGUCUUCGAGCUGACCGGCCAGAUCUCGCACAUCCUGCCGGUCAUGAUCGCGGUGAUCCUGGCCAACGCUGUGGCGCAGAGCUUGCAGCCGUCGCUGUACGACAGCAUCAUCCGGAUCAAGAAGCUGCCGUACUUGCCUGAAUUGGGCUGGGGACAUCAGGAGAAGUACAACAUCCGAGUGGAGGACAUCAUGGUGCGGGAUGUGCGCUACAUCACCCUGAACUGCCGAUACCGUGACCUUCAGGACGUGCUUCAUAGCACCAAGAUGAAAAUCCUGGCUCUGGUGGAAUCCGCCGAAUCCAUGAUCCUUCUGGGGUCUAUCGAGCGGGCUCAGAUUGUGGCCCUCCUGAGCGAGCAGUUGAGCUUUGCACGCCGCCUGCAGUAUAUGCGGGAGAAAGCCCAGGCGGAACGCAGGGCAGCCGAGAAGAGCCAGGAAAACGAAGGGCAGCCCCCGUCAGACACGGGCGUGCGCUUCCAGAUAACCACAGAGGAAUCCUCGUUUGUCCCGACACGGAGCGAGUCCCACAAACCCCUGAAGCCGGCUCUGAAACGAGUCUCCAGCAGUUUAUCCGAGAGCCCUGCGACUGGGACCAUGGAUCCACCGGGCAUUGCUCUGAGGAGCCUCUUCUGUGCCAAUGCCACAACAGCAGAGCCAAACGAGGAUGAGAAUUCGGGCCAGUCUGAAAAGCGCAAGUCGAAGCGCGUCCGCAUUUCUGUAGUGGAGGAAUAUGAAGCUGUUGCUGAGAUGUCCCCUGCAGAGAUCCUGGAAUGGGAGGAGCAGCAGCUCGAUCAGUUUGUCAACUUCAACAACAGCAAGAUUGACCCAGCCCCUUUCCAGCUGGUCGAACGCACUUCUUUGCACAAGACACACACCAUCUUCUCGCUCCUGGGGGUGGACCACGCUUACGUCACCAGCAUCGGGCGCCUGAUUGGCAUGGUGUCGCUCAAGGAGUUGCGGAAGGCCAUAGAGGGCUCGGUCACUGCCAAGGGGGUGAAGGUGCGGCCCCCGUUGGCCAGCUUCCGGGAGAGCACAACCAGCAGCAGCGAGACGGAGGCCACGGAGAUCCACCAGCUGUGGGACCGGCGGCACCGGCACUCCAUCCCCCGUGAAUCCAGCCCUUCCGAGAGCGAUGAUAAAUGUCAAUGAUGGCAGGAGGACAGCCACAAACUACCCCGUGGACGUGACGCAGGGGCUGCAGCCAAAGCCUCUCCGGUGCCCUCCUUGCCCAGCCUGUCCACCCAAGGAAGGGCAUAAGGGCCCGGGUGCAAGAAUUGCCAUCCGCUAGAAUAUCCAUCCUCGAGGCUUCAGGGACAACCGCUGAAGCCCAGCCCAAUGCUGGAGGAGAGGACGACAUGAAAGAACUCCUGGAGAGAGAAACCUGGCCCUCUUGUCCCUGCUUCCCGGGAUGACCAAGCCCCGUGCUCCACCAGGACACAACCUUAAGAUCUGGCCGGUGCCUCUGGGCCGCACGCCACUCCCGUUCCUCUUACCCAGCUCUUGGGCUCCAGUAUGGCUCUGGAUUUUUGCCUGCCCCUGGACAAGAGGCGUCCAGGUUUUACCGUAACCUCCCUCUGUCUUGUAACAGGAGGCCAUCAUUUGAAUGCAAAGAGCCUGGGUGGGGUGGGGUGGGGUGGGCUGGGGUCAGCCGGUCCUGGCCCUCUGGCUUAAGGGAAGCCUGACUGGGGGAACUCUUUGCUGGCCUUCUGAGUGGAGGCAGAAGCCAGGAGGACACUGGAUCUCUGAGCUACUGAGCCCUGGGGAGACUUUUCUUCCCUCGCCAGAGCCCUUCCCUGCACAGGGACUCUUUGCUGCCCUGCCCCAGCCCCCUCAUCAGAGCCCCUUCCAGAUUCCAGGGGGGAGGGAGGGGCCGGGACCUGGGAUGUAAAUAGAAGAGAUUGGUUUUUUUAUAUUAAUUUAAU